AUGACAUUCAAAGAUGUUAGUGAAGCCGAUCAAAUUUAUAUGAAGUCUUUGAUUGAUUUUGGAGUGAAACCAUCUAUCACUAUGAGAAAUAUUGCACGUAAUGCUGGGGGAUUACGUGGAGUAGGAUUCUUAAAGAAAGAUAUGUAUAAUGCUUGUGAGAAGUUCAAGAAAGAAGAGAUAAAAGACGGUGAUACCAAAACCGUCUUAACAUAUUUUCUUGGUAAAACAGCUUCAGACCCUAAUUUUUUCUUUAGAUAUACUCGUCAUCCAAAAAAUGGGAUAGAAAGAAUGUUUUGGUGUCAUGGGAUUAGUCAAGGGGAUUACAAGGCGUUCAGGUCUGUAAUUGCAUUUGACACAACUUACAAAGUCAACGCAUACCAAAAACCCUUUGUUGUCAUUGUUAAUGUGAACCAUCACAGAAAGACUGUGCCAUUCGGUGUUGCUCUUGUAACAAACGAAAAAACAGAUACCUACAUAUGGGUGUUAAAACAGUUAAAAAAGGCUGGUGGCGGUGUCACUCCCCAUACUGUUGUCAGAGAUGGGGACAAGGCUAUGACAAGCGCAAUUGAAGAAUUAUUUCCAAAGGCUCAUCACAGACUAUGUCUUUGGCAUCUAAUGCGUAACAUCAAAGGCCACACAAAUAGGCGGUUUUGUAAUGGGUUCAUGAAAUGCGUGGACAGAGCUCGGACACCAACUGAGUUCGAGGAGGCGUGGGAAGAUUUAAUGAAAGCAUACCCUAAAGUCAGAGAUAAAAAGUGGGCAAAAGAUCUUUAUAGUGUCAAAAGCAAGUGGGCUGAGGCUUUUAUGGUUGGACAUUUUUAUGCAGGAAUGAGAAGCACCCAACGAUGUGAGUCCAUGAAUAGCUCACUGAAAACGGUCAUAACAUCAAAAAUAAUGUUGUACCGGUUUGUUGAGCUGUAUGAUCAAGUUCUAGAACAUAUAAGGUUUGAAGAAGAUCAAGAUGAUUACAUCUCCACACACAAGUUCCCUGUUAUUGGUGGUGUCUUGACUGAAAUAAAAACCCAAGCUGCGCGAACUUACACAAGGAACGCUUACAAUUUGUUUUGUAAGGAACUCGGUUAUGAAUCAAGGCACAUAGUUACUAAAAUGGAGGAAGACGAAAUGCAUGUUGAUGGGCCUUCUGUUACUUUUUGGUUAAAUGACUGUGUGGUGGUGAAAGAGUGUAAGUACGUUGUUUGUUUCAACAAGAAACUACAAUCGAUGGUCUGUUGUUGCAUGAAACUUGAGUUAAUAGGGAUUCCAUGUCGACAUAUGUUUGAAUGCAUGAAACAUUAUGGAAUGGUUGAGCUACCAGCGGGUGUAAUACUCCGAAGAUGGAAAAUUAGAGCAAAGCUGCAUCUUUCUGAUAAUUACAAGCAAUUUCAACUAAAGAAGGCAAACGAUCAGUCAUCAUCAAAUGGACGCUUUGCAUUUCUAAGUGCAUUGAGCAACCAGCUUUGUAGAAUGGUGUCUACCUCUUAUGAUCGAUCAAUUUCACUAAAGGACAAACUGACAAAGAUGAUUUUGGAGGUUGAGAAAGAAAAAACAGUCCCUAAGGAAAAAGAUAUUAUUAUAGAGCAAAAGUUUGUCAAAAAAAAGGGAAGGGGAAGACCCAAACGUAUGUUCAAUGAACUUGAACUCGCUGAGGAGAAAACUUACGGUUUGGAUGGACAUGAUGUAGAUGAGGAGGGAAGCGUUUCCUAA